GCACGUGCUUUUUCGACAGGCAUUUCUCAGGACUGCUAAAUGUAAGACUCCGCCAGAGAAGGACCCUAAGCAGGAAUGAUGGUGUCUCGUCGCGCUCUGAAAGCGGUUCUCAUUGAUCUGAGUGGGACUCUUCAUAUCGAGGAUGCUGCAGUUCCUGGGGCGCAGGUGUACUUGUCCAGAUUAAGACAGGCUCCAGUCACUGUAAAAUUUGUGACCAACACCACGAAGGAAUGUAAGAGGACCCUGUUUGAGCGACUGCAUCGGUUAAACUUUGACCUCCAGGAGCAGGAGAUCUUCACAUCGCUCACAGCGGCCCGUAAUCUACUGGAGCAGAGAGCAGUGCGCCCCCUACUGCUGGUGGAGGAUAGCGCUCUAGAGGACUUCACAGGUUUGGAAACUUCAGAUCCUAAUGCUGUUGUGAUUGGAUUAGCACCUGACCACUUCAACUACCAGACACUCAAUAAAGCCUUCCGACUCAUUUUAGAUGGUGCCCCCCUCAUUGCCAUCCAUAAAGCACGAUACUAUAAAAGGAAGGACGGGUUGGCUUUGGGACCGGGUCCGUUUGUGACGGGUCUCGAGUACGCGACUGACACCCAGGCCACAGUGGUGGGUAAACCAGAGAAAGCCUUCUUCCUGGAGGCCUUACGAGACCUGAACUGCUCACCGGAGGAGGUUGUGAUGAUAGGAGACGAUGCCAGAGAUGAUGUUGGUGGGGCACAGAAUGCAGGAAUGCUGGGAAUUUUAGUGAAAACUGGUAAAUACAGACCUGGUGAUGAGGGUAAAAUUAACCCGCCACCUCACCUGACGUGUGACAGCUUUCCAGAGGCUGUCAAUCAUAUACUUGAAAAUCUCUUAGGAUCUAAAUGACUGGAAAACUGACAAAAAAAAAAGUAAUAUUGGUACUGUGUAGUUUGAUAAUUGUUUAACUGUCCCUUAUAACGACGCUGCACUUCCUAUGCAUUUAUUCUGAUGUACUUAAAAUAAAUAAAACAAAAUCAAAA